UCAGUCUCCUCACAGUUCAGUUCUCGUAGAGCCCGUAAGCUAGAAUCAUCGUUUUCGUGUGUUUAAGCCCUAGUUUUUUUUUCUCACACACACAUUUAGGAGUUAACCGAACUGAAAAAAAAAGUUCUCUUCCUUGCCGUAGUUUUUUUUCUUUUAGUUUUUUAUUUCUAAGGACCUGUGUCCUUUAUUUUUUUCGCGGUGUGGGUGUUUUUUCUAUGAUGGAAAGUGAAAAUUCCUGCAUUUUCUGCAUGCCGAUUUUGUGGUGACAACGUGAAAAAUUUUUCCUUCGACAUUUACUAUAUAUAUUGUACAUCAACCCCCUCAACGUGGGUGAAAUUGAGUAAAAAUUGAGACGAACAUUUGCCCGUGUGCAAGUGAGACGGUGUAGUGAAAGAGAAUGGGAAAGAAGGGGACAAAGAAGAAAACGAAAUGGCAUUCACUCCCAAUGGAGGCGAUAAGUGGCGCCGCGGCGGAAACACAUGGAAUUCAUCGAGAGCAAACGACUGCUGUUAAACCAUCAACAAAUGCAUGGCGACUUCCACCAACAAAAUCCUCAUCAAUUUCAUCACAAAACUCCAAUCAGUCCGCCGACAAUCCCCAAAGUAGUGAGAUAACGAGCACAACGCAUCUCAAUGGGCAUCAUGAGCACCAUCCCCGCAGCACGGGGCAUCGUAGGCGAAAUUAUCAACAGAAUUCCUACCACGGCAGGCAUUUUGGCCGUAGAUCCUCACCGAGCUACAGGGGCACCUAUUCGGGGCAAAAUGCCAACAGUAGAGACAACGCGAAGCCCGCAUUCAAUGAAGAUGAAUACACACGAAUAACGACCCCACGGCAGGAUGUUUUGUUCAAGAAGGGCUACCUGUCGCGCCCUAAGAGAUUCAACUCCUUCGCUGGUCCCCCAAAUGAUCCCGCUACAACACCCCCAUCUUCGGGCUCUGGCGCUAUGAGUGUGACGUCAAUGGAUGAUUCGGCAACUCCAAGUACGCAAUCCAUCAGUCCGGAACACUAUCACAGUGCCUCAGAUGCCUCCGAUGGGGACUACCCAUUCAUGUAUCCGGGAUUCUUUGACCAAAAUGGAGUUUUAUACGUUAAUCCUUACACGUCAUUUGAUCCCUACGGCAAUGCACCGAUGAUGAUGAUGCCGUAUCCUGUGAAUAAUCUCAAUUCAAUGGAUAUGUACAAUACACCAGUAACGCCUUACGAUGCCUCGUGUUCAUCCGUCGAUUCGCAAAUUACCUCACCUGGAACGGCGAGCCCUCACAAUGAGGAAUCUACCCCGGAGACACCACCAAUUGUUGAGGAGAAUGCAACGGCAAUUGGCCAAGAGGAUGAUGCUCAAGAGGGUGAUGUGAAGAGCCCAACACUUAAUCCAAAUUCCACAAAUUUCUACCCACAAUCCAUCCCACCUUUCUACCCACCACCGAUCUACUAUGCCCCCUACGUCUUCAGCCCCCCGAUGGUGCCCAUCUACAGCAAUGGUGUGGAGUACAGUGAUGCCCCAGGAGAGUCUGAAUGUGCGAAGACUAAAGAGGAAGAUGGACAGGAGGCAGCUGAAGCAUCAAAUUCUCUUGAUGCUGUUGAUCAAGCCGUUGCUAAUCAGGCUGGACAGGAGGCGGUGUUAUCAGAGAGUCAGGCUGAACAAGAAUCAUCGUCAUGUUGCCAUGAGGAGGAACCCACAGAAGCUCAAAAGAAUAAUGUGAUACCCAUCGAAGAUAUGAGUGUUCCCAUCAAAAGUACCCUCAAUGUGGAAGUUCAGGAAUUCCAUCCGCGUAACUACUCACAACGUCAUCAAACGGAGGACGUGCAGCGUCCCAGAGACAUAGAUACCGCAGAGAGUGCAAAGGAGAACAAUUCCAAGGCGCCAAAAGGCACAACAAAGAAGGAAGCCGGUAGCAGGAAGAAGCAAGCCUACAGCCAAAUUAUAACAAAUCGCAAACUUCUGCAGGAAGCCACAAAGUCCAUUCAGGCGCAAAAUAUUGAUUUAUCAAAGGAGAAUCCCCUUGCUGUGGCCACGACCACCACUGUGGCAGCUGCGGAGACAAAGUGGCAGACAGUGGUGAAGCCACGUGGGAAGAAGGGAAGAUCUGUUGCAAUUGAAGAUGCUGCGGAUGAAGAUGAGGCGACAGAAGCAACAGUACAGACGGAGGAAGUUGCAGAACAGGAUACAGUUCAGGAAUCACUGCUGCCUAUCCCUGAAGAAGCGCCCUGUGCCACGGUAGGGAAGAUGCCACGAAAGGCUGGGAAACCAAAGAAGAAGGCAAGUGGUGCAUGUAAGAAGGGACGGAAGCAGAAGACGACGAACGGGGUGGGUUUUGAAGUGAUCGAGCCGGACUUUGGGCGGAUUGUCCUCAACAAAAAGACUGAAAUUGUGAGUGAAGAAGACUCAGAGGUUGAUGGUGCUACGCAGGUGGUUGAAGACAAUGUCAUUGAUGUCUGUGAUGAUGCAGAAUGUCGGAAGCUCGAAGCUGAAUUGCAAAAUAUUGAAUGUAUACUUAAUUUAGCAGCUUACACCUGCUCUGAAGAUUCUCCGGUAAAAAAGGAGGAACUAACUGAAGUUACUGUGAAUGGGCAUGCUGAGCUAGAUGAGGUUGAGAGUGAGGAGGAAGAAAGGACGGAAGCAAUUAAGGAAGCUUGUAAGGAAGCAAGAAUAGAAGCAAUUAAUGAAGCGAGCGAAGAGCAGUGUAAGGAAGGGAGCGAAGGUUUGAGUAAGGAAGCGAGGAAGCAAGUGAUAAUGAACGAAUGUGAAGCAGAAAGACAGGAGACGAACAAAAAAGCGAGAAAGGACGAAGUAAACAAUCAGCCUGUAGAUCAGGCGAAAGAAGUCUCGCAGGCGAUAGACUCUGAGCAGGCGAAAGCCGUUGAGCAGGCGAAAGCCUUUGAGCAGGCGAAAGCCGUUGCGCAGGCGAUAGGCUCUGAGCAGGCAAAAGCCGUUACGCAGGCGAUAGGCUCUGAGCAGGCGAAAGCCGUUGAGCAGGCGAUAGACUCUGAGCAGGCAAACGAUGCUACGCCAACAAAAGACGCUGCGCAGACGAAUGAAGUUGAUCAGGCGAAAGAACAAACGUCAGGACUUAUUCUAACUGCUGCUGCAAAGGCUGAAGCUUCGGAGAAAGUCGCAGAAGACGAAGACACUGAGAGUAUUUCGGAGCUAUCUGAUGAAAUAACAGAAAUCGACAUUGGAAGUGAUGCAGCGCCCGAUGAAGCAACAGUCGCAGAUCAGCCGAAACAUGAUGAAAGAAGGCAGCAGGAAGAGGAGAAAAAGACAAUCUCCCUGUACGAAGCAGUUACCCUAUGGCUGGAUGAGAAGCAAAAGACAAACUCAGCGGAGGAUCUCUUUAGGCUCCCCGAGAUUCCCGUUGUCCUUCAGCGCUUCUACGAAACCGCAGCACCGGACAUUGAUACCGAUGCAACGGAUCAGAGCGACACGGAGGACGAAGCUGAGGCCAAUGACGCCUCGCUGGAGCCGCAGUUGAAGCUGAAGAAUCAGGUGAGUGUAUCGGAGGAUGAUUCCGUCGACACAGACAGCGAUUACCAAAGUGAUGGGCAGACUAAACGUCCCACCUACACGCUGCCAUCGGAUUCACAGGCAACGGCUGAACUGACAACAACUGGAUCUCCAACAAACAAUAAGCUAACCUCGGUGAAUACACUUAAUCAUAGCUCUAGUAUCGCCACGCUUGAAGCUAAAACAUCACCCAUUUCGUGCAUUCUAAUGUAAAACAAAGCCCCAAAAAUAAUCAACAUAAAAAAAAACCAUAAAAAGCAUCCAAAAAAUCGUUCACGAUUAAACGAAAA